AUGGAAUAUCCUCAUUAUGUUAUUCAGUUGGCAAAAGAUUUAGAAUGUGAGCAAGUGUUUGCUUUCGAUUUGGAAAGGACAGUUCCUUUCCGUCACGGCACGAAUAGUAAAGUGUGUUUACUGCAAAUCUCUACACAGAAUAAGGAUUUUGUAAUUGACACGUUGGCAAAUGGAAUGAAAAGCGCCGUUACUAAUUAUCUCAAACAAGCUUUUGAAAAUCCGCAGAUUAUUAAGAUUGUCCACGGCAGUGAUGAUGCAAAAUGGUUAAGAACAGUUUUCGACAUUAAAAUUAAGAAUGUUUUUGAUACCAGCACCUCUCGUUGUAAUCUGCAACAACUUGUUUAUAUUGCUUGCGGUAUUAAAUUGGAUAAGCGAUAUCAAACUGCUGAUUGGAUGAGACGUCCUUUAAGUCGAGACAUGGUCGAAUAUGCUCGAUUAGAUACACAUUAUUUAAUCAAUUGUUGGCAGUAUUUAAUGAAGACAAGCCGUAAAAGUUUAUCAAAUUAUUCAGUAAUUUAA